GCGCGCGGAUACGGCACGGUGGUCACGUCCCAGGCCAACUUCCUCCGCGUCGUCACGGACGACGUGGCCAAGCUACAGGAACGAUUGGGGGACGAGGGACCAUACGAGCUCCUCUGCGUGGUCAGGGCGCUGCUCAAGAAGAUCAAGCAGCGCGUGCUGGUCGGGGACGCCGUGGACGUGCUGGGCAUCGAUUGGGUGGACCAGAGGGCGAUGGUGGAGACGGUUCACGCGCGCAGGUCCGAGCUGGUGGACCCACCGGUGGCCAACGUCGACCACGCGCUGCUCGUGUUUGCCCUGGAACGCCCCCCGCUGGAAGCCAAGCAGCUCACCAGGUUCCUCGUGAGCAUGGAGGCCACGGGGGUUCCGUUCACGCUGGUGCUCAACAAGUCCGACCUGUGCUCGGAGGAGCAAAAGGCGGACUGGGCGGCGCGACUCGAGCAGUGGGGGUACGUCCCGAGGUUCGUGAGCGUGGCUACCGGGGAAGGGGAGGACGGCUUCGGAUCUUUGUCGGGGCCCGACCCCGGUCCCCGGUCGGUCACCGUGCUCGCGGGUCCGUCCGGGGUGGGUAAGUCGUCGCUGAUCAACAGGCUGCGCGCGGGCGGGGGCGGCGGGGGUGCGCGCGGGUCCAUCUCCUUGGACGGUCUGGAGCUUCAGAGCGUCAAGGCGGUGUCGUCCAAACUGGGCAGGGGCAGGCACACCACCCGUCACGUCACCCUGCUCCCGCUCAGAUCCGGGGGUUUGCUCGCGGACACCCCGGGGUUUGGCUACCCGUCCCUCAACACCCUCACCACCGCGACGUUACCCGAGUGCUUCCCCGAGAUCGUCCGCGCCAAAACCCAGCUGGGCGCGUGUAAGUUCUCGGACUGCACGCACAGGGACGAGCCGGGCUGCGUGGUGGACGAGUUGAUGCCGUGGGAGGAGGACCGGUACGAUUUCUACGCCGACAUGUUCGACGAGGUUGAGCAGAUCGAGCGGGUCGAACGGGAGCGGGGUAAGCGGGUGAGCGAGCAGCGGACCAAGUACAAGAGCGGCAAGGGCGGC